AUGGCGGAGAGACGUAAUCAUGCCAUCCACCACGACGUGGGUUGGCAGCGUCGACCUGCCGUCAAUGAGGAAGCUAUGGUAGAAAGAUUGACUUCCGACUGCUUCCAAUGCUCUUCGUUUCUACGAAGCAUCAGUCCGGGAUCGGUGAGUUACCUUUUACUGAUCAAUCUGAUCUUUUGAACGCAUACUGAUAUGAUACUCACCAGCGUCAACAUCUCAGACGCGCCGACUAUGAGUCUUCCAACUGAUCUUAAUUGCUUCCACCAAGACUCUUCAGAGCACUCCGUCGGGGUCUUUACAAGACUCCCGGAGUAGUUCGCUGACUGGUAAGCACCUCCGAAUCCCUGCAUCCAAGAAUAUCAAGAAAGAAAUGCAUCGCUAACGCGUUUUGCAGAAGUCUCUUCAGCGCUCGAUCGACAAGCACCAGCUUGUGAGAAUGAUACAACAACCGGCGAAGUCGUUGGCACUGGCGAUGAGAAGUCGUCAGCUGACCAGCUUCGUUGGUCGUACCCACUACCACGUCAGAUGUGGUGGUGGGGGGGUCUGUUGAUUCCACCGGCGUCGCUACCCAGUUGGGCUACGAUAACCCUCGCUCAUGUCCUUCAGUCCAUGGGAAGAUACAAUGGACCGGCGUCUGAGGCGUUUUCCGCGUUUGAUGUCUGGUCUUUGACUUUGGCUUCAGAUCGGACGGAUGGAGUGGGUUGAGAUUUGCGAUUUGCUCGUUUCCGACCUAAGUGUACAAUUGGGAUGCCGUAAAAACGUCUUUCUGCGACGUUCUCGUUCGGGAAUCGGGGUAAUUGGGGUAUGUGAAGGUCCCGCUCACAUUGUAAUGUUGCUAACACUAUGUUUCUCCAGGCUGCUGGAACCAAGAAGAUGAAUGGCACUGGUGUCGCAGCUGGCAAAAAGGCCGCAGUCACCAAGAAGAAGUAA